UUCCGGUUUUGCUGGAGAAGACACACUGACAGUCGGCUCCGCGCACCGAGCCCAGUGCGGCGCCGUUGGUUUCGUUUUAUUUAGUUAUAUGUUACAUGCUUGGAGCCACCACUAUUCGCUUCGCUCGAUACGGUGACCAUGCGUCCGUGUUACCUGUGAGGAAAAACGACCACUUACUUGAGGGGUUUCACGUAAAUCACGUGUCCUGUCUUUGUGCUUGGCUACACAUGUGCACGUGACUGCAUGAUCAGUAUGCGCCCGGUAUUUUGUAUUAUCGGGUGAUAUUGGUAGCUUCUACCUAACUACAUUAAUGUGACUAACCGGAUGGCAAAUAGGUUUGGAUGACUCGAGUUCACGAGUUAAUUUACGCGCUUAGACACGUAAUAGAAACAGGUUGGGAAAAAGGCAACAAAUUGUUGUUUGAAGUGUAGACUAUUGAUCAGGCAAUGUUCAGUGCUGAUCGUUAAGAUUGUGAGACGUGGAUUUAUCAUUAUGUGGUCAAUGCAGCGGUCUACCGUCUCGUGGCCGAAUAAGAGUGACAUGCUUGAGUGAACCACCUGCAAUAGUGCAAUGCUUUCGACUCACUCACCAGAGAACUGGCCUGAAUCGAAAGAAGUGAAACAGUGGAUAACGAGCAAGGUAGCACUGUCACUCAAAGCCCUGCAAAAACGCUGCGUUACGACAGACACCGUGGUGACCAGCGAGGAUGCCGAUGCCAAUUUGUUGUGCUGUGCCCUGGAGGCAGUGUUUGUCCAUGGCAUUAAGAGCAAGUACAUCCGAGCAGAGGCCAGUGGGCGGAGCCGCAUGCCCAGCACACGGGGGCCCCUCCCCCAGCCAGUAUUUUGGACCCUGCUAAAGACUGUCACUCAUCGGGAUGUGAUCCUGGAGCUGGAACAGCUGAGCUUCAUCAACAGCGAUGUCGGCCGCUGCCGAGCCUGGGUGCGUCUGGCGCUUAAUGACGGCCUGCUGGAGUGCUACCUGGCCUCUCUGCUACGGGAGGACUCCAAGCUGGCCAGCUACUACCAACCCAGUGCCCUGUUGUUGGAUCCUGAGGAACGGGAGGUGCUGCUCAGUUACCUGCAGGGCCUGACCUCGCUUUCCUUCCAGCUGUCGUAUAAGAGCGCAGUGCUCAAUGAGUGGACCAUCACACCACUGGCACUGGCUGGCCUCUGCCCCGCCAUCAGUGAACCCCAGGACACUCCGCAGACACCCCCAUCCACUGGGGUGGCCCCCCUGCAGGCACAGGUGCGCAAGGAGUCCUGGGACACGGCAUCGCAGUCCUCCGGAGGCUCGGACGCAGUGGAGGUGCAGCAGGGCUUGGGGCACAGGAGGGGCGUGGGAAGCAGAGGCCAGCUGACGUCCUCUAGCCUCAGUCUGGACACCAUGGGGUCCUCACAGCUCUCUUCCAGCCUGAGCUCUGACAGCCUGCUGCAGGGCAAUGGCCACAAGAGCCCAAGCAAGGAAGCAUGGCCCACAGACCUGGAGAGGGCGGCUCCUGGAGAGGAGCACGGGAAGGACCAGCAACCUCUGUCCAUUUGCAGAAUGUCCCCGCUGGAAUAUGAGGACGGCGUACGCUCCAGUCAGGACUCCACGCAAGAGGACUCCUGUCUGUCCAGCCUGGCCCCAGACCACUUGUCGGAGGCGGCGACGUCCAGUGGUUCGGAUGUCGAGAUGCCCAUUGCGGCGCCGUCUACCCCCGAACCCUCCGUGCUCACGCAGGAUGAGGAAGCGCCUGGGGAGGAGAUGUCUGCUGCUGCCCCCGCCGUGCCAAGUGACCCCCCAGACACUGAAGAAUUAGCUUCCCCGCUCGUUAGUGAGGUAUCUCCAGAACCCACCCCAGACGGCUCGGCAUGCAGCCAGGAGCCUGUGGGAUCCAGCAGUGCCAGGGAGGAUCUCGGCAGGAAGGCAUCGGUGGCCUCGCUCCACUCCCCAACCACUGGGCAGCCUAAAUGGUCCUGGAUCUCUGAAGAUGACUUCUACAAGCCACGCCCUCAGGACGGGAUAGAGUGCGAUGGGGCGCCGUGUACCGACACGGACCUACCAAACGGAACGCUCAUGCCCCCCACGCCCGUUGAGGCUGAGCCGGCUCAGUCCCCCCCCAGCGUGGUGCACCGCAGGCAGAUCGGCCUGUCGAAUCCCUUCCGUGGGCUGCUGAAGCUGGGCCACCUGGAGAGGCGCGGCGCCGUGGGCCUCUGGCGGACUUAUUACUGCGAGUUGUCGCCCUUUGAGCUGCGCUUCUACCUGGAUGCCGAGGAGCGCGCCUGCUAUGACAACUGUUCCCUGCUUCGCUGCGAGGAUGUGUGCGUGGCCACUGCAGAUGGGCGCUUCGAGCUGGCCUUCCCCGGCAAGCGGCUGCUCCUGCGGGCGCCCUCUCACGACGAGGCCGAGGACUGGGUGGACCGCAUCGUAGAGGCCGUGGCCAAAUGCCGGCCUCCCCGCUGUGAUGAGCAGCGUCAGUCGCCAGAGGCCAUCUCGCCACAGGACAUCGAAGCCCCUGUCUCCUCGCCACCCGUCCUCAGUGACGCCUCCCCCGAAGAACCCGAGCUUGACUGGAUGCGGCCGACGGAGCUGGAGCCGGAAGCUAUCAAGGAGGCAGUGUUGUACCUGUCCCAGGAUGACCGGUCCUGGAUGCCUUUCAUCUUCUCGCUCUCCUUGGAGGCGCUGAAGGUCUUCCAGGUGCAGGAGGGCCACAAGGCCCUGCGCUUCACCCAUGCCAUCGAGUCCAUUCGGGAUGUGGUGCCGGACACUUCACUCGGCAGCCCUGCCUACUUUCGGCUGCUCACGGCCCGGAACACUCUCAAGCUGCGGGCCGAGACCGAGGAAGAAGCGCAUUCCUGGAGGGAGCUCAUCCGGGUGGCCCUGAACUCCUACCUGGAAACCUGUGACGGCAGCACUGCCGCCAGCACCCCUACGGGGAGCGGAAAUGUGCACAGGCUGGUGGAGCACAGCCUCAGGGAGGACGGGGGGCUGCUGGCCCACCUCUACAGCGUACCCACCGAGAAAGGGCUGGACGUUCAGAACUUCAGGUGUGCAGGUUGCUCCCGACAAAUAGGCUUCUCGCUUGGGAAGGCCAGGCUGUGUGAAUUCUCGGGCCAGUACUACUGCGAGUCCUGCCACCACGGUGAUGCUGCCGUCAUCCCUUCCCGCAUGGUGCACAACUGGGACCUCGCGGUGCGAGAGGUCUCAUGCCCAGCCCUGAGGCUGCUGGCCACAGUGUCCCUGGAGCCCCUGCUGGACCUAGGUGUGCUGAACCCUGGCCUAUACGUGCACGCGGAGCCCAUGGCACGAGCGCACAGCCUCCGGCAGCGGCUGCGACUGCUGGGGGACUACCUGCUCACCUGCCGCAGCGACGUCAUCAAGCGGAUCCACCCAAAACUAGAGGAGAGGAACUACCUCCUUGAGACCUCACAGCUGUACAGUGUGACCGACCUACGGCAGAUUGCAGACGGGCAAUACGAGGCCUUCCUGCAGAACCUCGUUCAGUUUGCCUCCAGCCACAUCUACCAGUGUGACCUCUGCACACAGAAGGGCUUCAUCUGCCAGAUCUGCAAUGCCGGCGGUAUCAUUUUCCCGUUUGAGUUCGAGACGACCACCAGGUGCAAAGUGUGUAAGACUGUGUCCCACACAGCAUGCAAGACCCAGUCACCUUCCUGCCCCCGAUGCCUGCGCUUGCAGAAGUACCUGGAACGUGAGAUGGAGGACUGACAGGCCCCCUGGCCACACGGCGCCCCCCUCAGCCAGCCUCCGGAAGUGCCAUAGUGCACAUUUAGGUUAUGCGCCCCGGGGUGAACGUGGUCAGCCGAGCCUGUUCUCCAGAAGCUCCAAGCUGCCGUCUGCAUGGAGGGAGGGACAGGAGGGAAAAUCAGGCAUCCCUCUCUCCUACGGGAGAGUUCCAUGCUGUAACUGCAGCUUCCCUCUUGAGUGGUUAGAUGCUAAAAGGGGCUUUUGGGAGUUUAGGAGACUCUCAGAAGGGAACUCAUCCUCACACUACAACGUCAUCAUGUGAUGGGUCUGGCCUUCGAGUCACUGACACUUUAGCGCAUGGAAAAUGGACAGCAUUUACAGCUUAGAUGGUUUUUCAUCUGCUUUAUCCAUAUGAAAGCAAAAGCCAGGGAUCUUUCUUAUGACUUGCAAAUAUUAUGCAACUUCUGUCUUGGACAUUUGAAGAAUGUCUUAGGGUAGCAAAGCAUCCUGUGCAGCGCCGUCUUCCUCGGCGUGUUUUGUCUCUGCGUCUCCUUUUGUACUCCAUUCAUACUUCACAACUUGUCGGUGAGGCAGAAUCACUCAUGCUGCCCCGGAAAGUCUCCUCCAUCUGUUAAAAGGUGGCGUAAAUGUCAUUGAAGGUUUUCUAGUUUACAGAAGGGUGGUGUUAGACGUUUUAUUUUUAGCAAAGUGCUAAUCUCAAUUUCUCGUAUUAUUUUUAUUUAUUGCGGUUUUUUUUAUAUACAAUUUUUCUCACCUGUUUCUCAUAGAUGCUCACCAAGGUUUCGUUGGGAUUAAACACCUUUAAGAGGGCCAGCACUUAAUCUAUCCAAACCCAUGCAUAAUGUCGAGAGUUAAAGACUGUGCCUUUGAACCUUGAUUGUUUUACAUUUGUCACUUUAUUCUAACAUGAAGUACAUUGAUUGUGGUGCUGUUCAGCAUGCAGUUUUACUUAAAUUUACAUUGUGCCAAAAAAGGGUAAAAACAGGAUAUUUGACACUUUGUGCAGGUGUGUAUGUGUGCACACUUUGUGGUGAAUGUUCACAUUGCUCAGAAGAAAACCACAUUUGUAUUUUUAUUUUGCAUUUGUCUUAAGUGAUUUUGUUGCUUACUUGUAUAUAAACCAGUAUGAAACCUUUGAAUAAUUAUUUUUAUUCCACUUAGGUAAGGUGUAUUAUUUUGAAAGGGCUUCAUCCAUCUUCUAAGCGGAGAAGGAUUUAAUUUUGGUUCAGUACUGUUCUCUGUCAUCUUCUUACUUAAAAUGCAGUUUGAACUUCAGUUUCAUUCAUUGUGAAAGCAUGCACCCAUUGUCAGAUGUGUUUCUUUUGACUUGAAGUGCAUUUAGGAUUACAGGUGAAGUAAGUUCUGUGUCAAAAUAAUUUUUGGAGGCAAGACUAAAUGGGCAAAUGGAACUCUGUUUUCACAGUUAUGAAAAAUGAACUUCCUGUCCAGAAAGCUGCAGAAUGUGUUCUUAAAGGGGUCUGCAAAACCUUAUUUAGCUUGGUGAAGUGCUCUGUUAGAGAAUACAGUAGAUGAAAGCACCUUUGCAGUGGGUUAAAAGGCUUUUGAGUGAAUAUGGUUAGCAGGCAUUGUUCUAGACCAGUGUUUCCCAAUCCGGCCCUCUGUCUGUCCGUGUUUUUGCUCCCUCUGAGCUUCCUGCCACACAGUCCAGAGUUUUUGCUCCCUGCCCAGAUCUCUAUCAAGCAAAAACAUGGACUGUCCCAGCAAAAACGUGGACUGUCUGGGUCCUCGAUGACCGGGUUGAGAUGAGGAAUCUUGAUGAGGAAUCAGAGUUGAAGCUUUUAAUGUUUCUGGUGAUACCAGCAUGCCUGACUCUGUGACUUGCAGACCCGUAUCCCUGCAGAAGGCCUAGCUGCCAAGGGACUCCUGCCCUUCCCAUGAUAAACACCAAAGAUUCUCAGCGAGCCAGAAAGGACAGAUACAUAAAUGAAGUGUGCACGUUGUCUUAUUCCUGGACUGAGAUAUGUUCAAAGGGCAGACCUGGCUUGCUGUAGGUUAUGGAAGGAAGUAAGCCUGUGUAUAAACUCCUAUUGCCUGUUGGAGGUAACAGUGUAGCAAAGGUUUGUAUGAGCACUGAUUUACAUUUUUUAAUAUAUAUUUUAACUCUUUUAGUAAAGUGGUUAAUUCCAUUUUAAAUAUGAGUAUAUGUAGGAGUUUGCACAGGGUAAGGAUUUCAUUAUCUUUUUAUUUGUCCUUAUUUUAUUUUACUGUUUCUACAGCAUAAUCACGUUAUUUUUCUUUUUUUAUCAACCUCAAAAUUCUUUCUUCUCAAAGCCCAGUAGGGGGCAGCACUCCGCUGCAUAGCACUUCUUGCAGCCUUGUGUGAGCAGAGAAUGAUUGUCGAGCUCCAGCCUGUUCCGCUUUGGGCUGGAUGGCAGAGGAGGUUUUGCUGUGGUUGGUUGCACUGUAUGUGCUUUAGACCGAACGGAAACUGGGCGCCGUCUGCAAGAACAAAAAAGUCUGAUUGUGGGCGGGGCUGUGAAAGGAGUCUGACUGCACUGUUGCAAGUGUGCAAUUUGACUGCUUUGGGAAAUUAAUUUUGUAAAGAGUUUUAUAUUGCUAUUAAAAUCUUGAAACGUA